UGUCUUUUCACUAAAAUGUUGGUCAUUUGUAGAUUUAUAUGCUUCUUUUUACCAACAACUUGCAUUCUCUAUCUUUUUGGUUUGAGCUUCAUUAAUUUCAUUGAUGCUCUCCAGAUAAAUGAUCGCUACGAGUUCCCUUUGCAACUUGAUCUAGAUAGAGAGGAUGGUAAAUAUUUAUCUCCUGAGGCAGAUAGAAGCGUCCGCAACCUGUACACUCUUCACAGUGUUUUAGUUCAUAGUGGUGGUGUGCAUGGUGGGCACUACUAUGCGUAUAUCAGGCCAACUCUUUCAGAUCAAUGGUUUAAAUUUGAUGAUGAGCGGGUAACAAAAGAGGAUAUGAAAAGGGCGCUAGAGGAGCAGUAUGGUGGUGAGGAAGAGUUACCCCAGGCAAAUCCUGGUUUCAACAACUCUCCCUUUAAGUUUACAAAAUAUUCAAAUGCCUAUAUGCUUGUAUAUAUACGUGAAAGUGACAAAGAAAAGAUAAUCUGUAAUGUGGAUGAGAAGGACAUUGCAGAACAUCUCAGGAUAAGAUUGAAGAAAGAGCAGGAAGAAAAAGAACAAAAGAGAAAGGAAAAAGCUGAGGCACAUUUGUAUACCAUCAUAAAGGUUGCCCGCAAUGAGGAUCUCCUUGAUCAGAUUGGGAAGGACAUAUAUUUUGAUCUUGUGGAUCAUGACAAAGUUCGUAGUUUCCGUAUCCAGAAGCAAAUGCCCUUUAAUCUUUUCAAGAGUACGUAAUUUUUGGUAGCUACUCUAUGAGGGCGUUUAGUUCAGCUGAUUCAUGUAGCUGAUAGUAGAUUUGCACCCAACAACUAGGUCGUAGGUGUUUGGUAAGCUUUUUAGUUAGUAGCUAAUAGCUGAUAAAAGUCAAAUAAGUUGCUGAUUCCAUCAGUUUUGCUUUGGAGUUUUUUCGUAUUAGUUUGUAGCUGAUUUUUAUUUAUAUUAUAUUUGAAUUUCAUUAACCUCAUAAAAAUAUUUGCUAAUAAAAUUAUUUGUUUCAAGUUA